AUGGCGCCACCUCGAGCCUUCGACUUUUCUGGAGAUGUGGCAAUCGUCACAGGUGCAGGCUCCCGCAUGGAUGGCGAGAUUGGUAAUGGUCGCGCGGCUGCCAUCCUCCUCGCACGCCACGGCGCCAAGGUCGCUCUUGUGGACUUCAAUGUGGACUGGGCGAAAGAGACCAAGCGCAUGAUUGAUGAGGAGGGCGGCAUUUCAGAGGUGAUCCAGGCUGAUGUCACAAGCGAAGAGUCUUGCAAGAAUGCCAUCGACAAGACUGUUGAGCUAUGGGGUGCUCUGCACAUCCUUGUCAAUAUCGUUGGCGUUGGCGGUGAAAUGGGUGAUGCCACAACAAUCAACCUCGAUGCUUGGGACAGAGACUUCCGCAUCAACGUCACAAGUAUGGUCAUGAUGAGCCGAUAUGCGAUUCCUGAAAUGAGGAAGCAGGGCCGCGGAUCUAUCAUCAACAUGUCGUCAGUUAGUGGAUUACUCGGCGGCAACCCCAGUCUAUUGUACCCUACCACCAAGGGUGCCAUCAUUCAGAUGACACGGGCCAUGGCAGCUCAUCACGGCCGUGAGAAUAUCCGUGUCAACUGUGUCGCACCGGGAAUGGUGUAUACUCCAAUGACAAGAGGACGCGGAAUGACAGACGAGAUGAGACAAGCAAGAAUUAACCAGAACUUGAUGAAGAAGGAGGGAACUGGCUGGGAUGUUGGCUAUGCUAUCUUGUUCUUGGCUAGCAAGGAAGCUGGCUGGGUCACAGGUCUGAUUAUGCCUGUCGAUGGAGGCACUACUGCCGGAAAGGCCGAUAGACCAGCUCUCAAGGCUGAUACACUAGCUGAGGCCAAUACUGGUAUACAGAAUUAG